AUGGAAUCUGAUGCUUCUUUGGAAGAUUCGAACGAUUAUACGAGUCAGAUUGAUUCCAAUAAAGAUUAUAUACUGACACUGAAGGACCCGGCUAUACAUGAUGCUUUAUUGCAACGGUUAAACACGUUUCGACGUAAUCGUGAACUUUGCGAUGUCGUUCUUUUUGUUGAUGAGAAGGAAAUACUUGCUCAUAAGAUCGUGCUGGCAGCGUUAUCGCCGGCUUUAUUCGAUAUGUUUAUUCGUAACGAUUUUGAAUCUUCGUCCCAUUCGUCAGUUCGUUGUGAUUUAAGAUCCAUAUUUACAGGAACAAGUCCAUCGCCAACUUCAGCUGCUCGAUUUAAAAAUUCGAAUAAGCCUUCCGUUAUCAAUUCGCCACUCACAAUUCAACCAAUUUCAAAUCCUCCUUUUGCCUAUUAUGAAUUUCCCAAUGCAGAUUUUGAAUGUUUUAAUGCUAUCGUCAAUUUUGCAUAUUCCUCGCACCUUGAAAUCAGCAGCAAGAAAGUAACCGAGAUGUAUAAGUUGGCUGGUUCAUUACAGAUGGGACAAAUUGCAAAAGCUUGCGCGCAUUUUUUGGCUCAAAAUUUGAAUAUAUCGAAUUGUAUCGGAAUACGUCGUCAAACUAGUUCUAAUGAUGAAUGGCUUGUAAAAAAAGUUGAUUCAUUCAUUGCGAAAAAUUUUCAAGAAAUUGUUAAUAACAGUGUUGAGCUAACUUCAUUGACGUGUAUCAAGUUACGUGUGAUCUUAAAUAUUGAAAAGUCGAUUCUGAUUCGUAAUGGCUUUUGUAUUGCCAAACGUGCUGUUCAAUACUUUCAGUCGUUACCAAAAAGUGAUUAUCAUAUCGAUAAUAUUAUUGAGCAAUUGGCCGAAAAAAGUCAUCUUUUAUACUUAGAAGACAAUGAUACUUUACAAGAUUGUGCUGAAAUAGAUGGUAAUAGUUCAGUGGCUGCUUCAGAUAUUAUUCAAGAUUACAAGAGAAGCAUUGUCAAUCAAUCACGUUCUUUAAGCGUUGGAAAUAUAUCAUUAAAUAACUCGACUGUUCAACAUCAUAUCAUUGGCGCUACCCCGGUUAAUCUAAAUUCUAAUAGAAGUUCUACCAAUAAAUUUUCGUCAACAGAAAGUAUCAAUUCGUUAUCAAGCUGGAAAAGUGAAGCGGAUGAUGAUAAUCAGGCAAAACUUAUUGCUACUCAUCAAACAUCUGGUGAUUUUUGGAUUGCACUUGCUGUACUGCAUAAACGUCUGGUAACUUUAAGUAUUCAAAUGACUGAAAGUGAAGAUAUCCUGAAGCGAAAUGAACGAUCUGUUGCGGUUGCUACUGAAUCGAAAUUACCAGCAGAUGCUUCAAGACAAAAACAAUGCCAAGAUCGAUCAAUAAGAUUUUCCAGGCUAAUUUCAUCGAAUGAACGGACACCUCUACCAAUGAUGGAUGGUGCAAGAUGUUCCAUCGGAGCAGUAUUCACUAACGGCAAAAUUAUUGUCUGUGGAGGAUAUAAUCGAGGCGAGUGUCUCAAAUCUGUUGAAGAAUACGACAUUAUUAGAGGAGAAUGGCGCAAACUGCCAGAAAUGAAUCAUGAACGAGGUCGCUUUGAUGCAUCUAUGGCUGGUGGGAAGAUAUAUGCUAUUGCGGGAUGUACUGGUAGCGAAGAAUUGAAGUCUGCAGAAUGCUUUGAUUUCAGAACUCAAAAAUGGACUCUCAUAGCGCCUUUACACAAAAGAAGAAGCCAAAACGGGUGUGCUUAUCUAAAUGGUCUGAUAUAUUGCAUUGGUGGAAUUUCUGAGAAUUCAGUAUUAAAAGAAUGUGAAAGAUAUGAUCCCGAAAAAGAUCAGUGGGAAAUUAUUUCUUCAAUGCAAAUUUCGCGUUCUCAAGCUGGAUGUACAUCAUGGAGAGGUUUAAUAGUCGCAUGCGGUGGAUGUGAUAGAUGGAAUUGCCUGGAUUCUGUCGAAGCGUAUGAUCCCAAAACAAAUUCAUGGAAAUACCUUCCAAAAUUGAAAACUUCGAGAAGAGGAUGUGGUGUAGCUGUAGUAAGAGAUUCUCUUUAUGUAAUUGGUGGUCAUGAUGGAACUCAAUCACUACAAUCAGUCGAGAUUCUUGACCAUCCUAAUGGACAGUGGAGGCCUGGUCCUAUUUUAAAUAUUGCCCGAGCCAACACUCAUUGCGUUGUUACAGCAGGCAAUAUUAUUUAUGUACUUGGAGGAUUUGAUGGGGCUCAGUUUUUAUCAUCAAUUGAACUUCUUGCCAAUGGUAAAAAUGUUGGAUGGUGCAACUGGAUGCUGGAAGGGAAAAAUAAAUCUGUGAAUGAUGCUGUUAUUGCGGAGGAAGAAGAAGAAAUGGAAAUCGAUGAUGGAUAUUCGAGAAAACUGGAUGACCUAUCAGCCAUAAAUAUUGAAGGGAUACUCCAAUCGACUGCUAAAACUUGCAAAUCUAUGCAGGCUGCAUAG